AUGUGAUGUUUACUUUUUUUCCGAAUGUUGGUCAACUUUUGAUCUCUUUUAAUUGAUUUAAUUUCUUUGAUCUUAAAAUUUGAUUGAAUUACUUUUUUUUGCAAUGGGAUUUCUCUUGAAAUUAGGAUCAUUUGUGGUCAUUGGAUGUAGUACUUAUGGAGCGAUUUACUUUGGACAUCAAGCUCUUGUCCCAGAAUAUAAUGGAAAAGAAAUUCUGACUGGUAAAACUGUUCUAAUCACUGGUGCUACUUCUGGAAUUGGUAAAUCAACGGCCAUGCAAUUAGCUAAUAGAAAUGCUAAAGUAAUUCUUGGUUGUCGAGAUCAAGAUAAAUGUAUUUGGACUAGAAGAGAAAUCGUUGAAAAAACGAAAAAUGAACAAGUUUUCUGUUCUCUUCUUGAUUUAUCUUCUCUCCAAUCAAUCAAUGAGUUUGUCCAACGAAUGAAAUCAAAGGAGAUUAAUUUUGAUAUUCUAAUCAACAAUGCUGGUGUCAUGAGAUGCCCACAAACUUAUACUAAAGAAGGAUUUGAGAUGCAAUUAGGAGUUAAUCAUUUGGGUCACUUUUAUUUAACUCAUCUACUUUUAGAUGAUUUAAUCAAGCAAAAGGCUCGGAUUAUCAAUGUAACUGCUUCAGCUUAUAGAAAGAAAAUUAAUCUUGAUGAUUUAAAUAGUGCCCAAAGUUAUAAUCCAACACACGCUUAUAAUCAGUCUAAAUUGGCCAACAUUUUGUUCACCAAGGAAUUAGCAUCUCAACUUCAGGGUUCGGGGGCCUAUGUUUAUGCCGCUGAUCCCGGAGCCUGUAAUACAGAUUUAACUAGGCACAUGUCGAUUUCCAAAUCAAUAUUCGGCAGGGUAUUAGCUAAACCUUGGUUAAAAUUACUCGGAAGAUCACCUAAUAAAGGAUCUCAAGUAAUCGUCUAUUGCGCUCUAUCCCCUGAAUUAAGUAAUGACCAAGCCAGUGGAAAGUUAUAUCAUGACAACAAACCAGUCGACUUGCUGCCUCACGCUCAAGAUGAUAUUAUGGCCAAAAAGCUUUGGUUGAUUAGCGAUCGAUGGACAGUUAAUCGAGAUAAACCAUCCAAUAUCAAUGUAGUUAACAAUCAAACGGAACAAUCUAAUCAAGUGGAAAAUUUAUCACCAUCAACUAUUGUUCAAGAUCAGAUAACUAACUGAAAUGCCAUGGAACUUUUUUUUGCUACAAUCAAUUAGUUUAAAUUUAGUCAGAAAUAAAUGUGAUGAGUUUUGAAUGAAUUUCAUCACUGAGAAAUCAAAUAACGAGAUGUAAAUUCUGUAACUAGACAAAAUUUGUAAUAAAAAUAAUCUUAAUAAUCUCA